AAAAUAUCGCCCAUCACCAUCAAGCUCGCGAACACUAAUAAUAAUCCUCAUCGUUCAAUACAUUCUGGUGCGAGCUCAAAUUCAUCUAUAUUUUCACGCACCAGAAAACACAGCAGCCAUGGGAACUCUUAUCCGCAGCCCACACCUCAACAGCAGCGCUCUUUGUUUCAAAUGCCUAAACUCAUUCACCCGCUCUAGAAAUGUUCUGCGCUUAAAUCCGGCGAAACCUAUGAAUGGAUUCAGGGGAUUUGAGAGAAUAGUUUGUUCGGCCGUUGAAGACGCUCCCAACAAGCAGCGCGAAAUCAAUGGCGGCAAUUUAAAUGGAGCUGGCCCCGCUGUUGAAGACAAACUCGAUACGAGUGAUGAGGUGUUAGAAAAUCCUUUCCUGAACAAUGACUCAGAUGACGGAGGAAAUUCUAUUUAUAAUUUUCUCUAUCCGAGUAAAGAGCUCCUCCCGGAUGACAAAGAAAUGAGUAUAUAUGACCAUUUAGAAGAGUUGAGAGAGAGAAUCUUUGUGUCGGUUUUGGCCGUAGGAGCUGCUAUGGUUGGUUGUUUUGCAUUUUCUAAGGAGCUCAUCAUGUUUCUUGAAGCUCCAGUUAAAGCGCAAGGGGUCCGUUUUUUGCAGUUAGCCCCUGGAGAAUUUUUCUUCACGACCCUUAAGGUAUCAGGAUAUUGUGGGCUUCUGUUAGGAAGCCCCGUAAUUCUGUAUGAGAUCAUAGCAUUUAUUCUUCCAGGGUUAACAAAGGCAGAAAGAAGAUUCCUGGGGCCGAUCGUCCUUGGGUCCUCGAUCCUUUUCUAUGCUGGCAUCACAUUCUCUUACUAUGUUCUUACGCCGGCAGCAUUGAAUUUCUUUGUUAGCUAUGCGGAAGGGGUAGUUGAAUCAUUGUGGUCCAUUGAUCAAUACUUCGAGUUUGUCCUUGUCCUCAUGUUAAGUACCGGGUUGUCUUUCCAGGUCCCAGUAAUACAGCUUCUUCUUGGACAACUUGGGUUAGUCUCGUCUGACCAAAUGUUGUCUAUAUGGAGAUAUGUGGUGGUUGGCUCAGUAAUAGCGGCUGCUAUACUCACCCCCUCGACCGACCCUCUUACUCAAAUGCUCCUCGCGGGCCCGCUCAUGGGCCUCUAUUUGGGUGGUGCCUCAAUGGUUAAGGCUUUAGGCCGGUGAUUUUGUUUUAUGUUUUUUCAAGUCAUGACUGCGUACAACCAUUUAGUAUGUGUUUGAAUCAGAAUUGUAUAUGUGUAUCACCUUUAUUAUCUUGCUCAUUACUAUGACUUUGGAUAUGUGUAUCACCUUUUGGAUAUAAUAAUACGUAUUUCGAUUACAUUGCGAGAGUUGCAAGCACACCUCAACUUUGAUCAAUU